AUGGAGCCAGGCACGGGAUUGAAGGAGGCUACUGGGGUCUUCAGGCCAAUCCUCUUAGCUUUUGCUCCCACAGAUGAGAACAGCAACCAGAGUUUCCAUUCCGAAGGCUCCCUGCAGAAGGGCACGGAGCCCAGCCCCGGGGGCACCCCCCAGCCCAGCCGCCCCGUGUCACCUGCUGGCCCCCCAGAAGGGGUCACCGAGGAGGCCCAGCCCCCACCACUGGGCCAAGAGAGAGAACCCACGGUCACGCCUGCAGGCGGGACAGAUGAACCCCCAAUGCUGACCAAGGAGGAGCCUGUUCCAGAAUUGCUGGAAGCUGAGGCCCCCGAAGCUUACCCCGUCUUUGAGCCAGUGCCACCUGUCCCUGAGGCAGCCCAGGGUGACACAGAGGACUCGGAGGGCGCCCCCCCACUCAAGCGCAUCUGCCCAAAUGCCCCUGACCCCUGAGAAGCCGGCUGCCUGUCCUGUCGUCCCGGGGCCCCUCUGGCUUUUUUACAAAUAAAGUCCCUUUUGUAA